AUGGCUUUCGCGGAGCGAGAUGCCUACGCAGGGCUAGAAGCCUCUACAAUACCACUCCCACAUACCGAAAAUGAAGACCCGGAGAUUCCCAUAAUCGACGACAAUGAAACCUUGGUCGAUGUGACUGGAAAAUUUUCCAAUUUUAUAACCCGGGCCAUACCUGAUGUUGCGUAUAGUUUUGACCAAUUGAGAUACUCCCCUCAAGGUCAAAGUCUCAGACUGCUUGUACAUUCCCUUGUCGAAAACUCCCACAAUCCUUUGAUUAUAUCUGCUCUCAUGAUCCUGAAAUGGCAAUUCGAUAAUUCCACUGAUGCUGAUUGGGGUCUGAACCAAAGCCGAGGCUACGCCUGUGAAUAUGUUGCCUGGCAGUUCCUCUGUCAUCUUACCCAGCGUGAAACGAUUGGAUUUCUGCUAGAGGAACUUCCGCAUUCCUCAAGAAGUUCCAUUAGUAUUGCCCAAGCGGAAAUAGGUGCAUCUGGUUUUGCAUCCCCCAUGGGAGGCAGCGGAAAACAGCCUGAAGAUGAAAGUACUCCAUUGUUAGCUUCGAAUUCAUCUUUCUCCCGCUUCUUCGGAAGGGGCAGAAAUACAGACAGUGGCUUUGUCGAAGGUGACCAGGGAACUCAAGAUUCUUAUCAUGAGGCUUAUAGGCUUGGAAGAUACUCGUUAUUCUCUGGGUUGAAUGCACUUGAGAUUGCAACUAUUGCGCAGGCCAAAAGCUUUCUUGGUCAAAAAGUGGUCCAGAGGGUAAUAGACAAUAUCUGGAGAGGAGAAAUAGUCUUCUGGGAUACACUCAGCGUACACUCAAAGAAGAAACCGCAUUUUUUCAACAAAAGAACAGCAGAUCCAUAUUCACGGUUGAGAGUGCCUGUCUAUCGCAAGGCUUUUGAAGCCUUAUUCUUUGUCUCUUUCCUCUUCCUGUAUUAUGCGGUAUUAGUUGAGAGGAGUCAAAAUGAAAUGGGCAUCUUCGAAAUCUUGAUGUAUAUCUGGAUUGUUGCCUUCGCCUAUGAUGAAUUCAGCGGCAUGACCGAUGCGGGGAUGCUCUUCUACCAAAUGGACUUUUGGAGUAUGUGGAACCUGGGGAUCAUUGGCACAGGACUUGCCUUUGUGAUAGCAAGUGAGUGGCGCAUGCUUUGCAAAUCUGCCUCGCCAGUGCCCUGCGUUUCAGCUUCGAAUCUGAUACAAGCGGCACAUAGGAUCUGUUCCCUCGUUAGCUUGAACUCCUAUUUUGGAUCCUUGACCAAGGCUUUUUUCAGAUUUGUGCCGGUGAUUCUAGUUCUAUACGUAGGCUUCCUAACGACGUUUACUAUGCUAGCCCGUGACCGCAUUUCUCUCAGCGAAAUGUCAUGGAUUUUGGUGAAAGUGUUCUUUGGGUUAAUUUUUGUCUCGAUGACGAAUUUGCUACUGAUCUCCUCGCUGGUCAGCUUGAUGAGUAUGAGUCUAGAAGGGGUCAUGGCCCAUGCUCGUGAAGAAUAUCUCUUCCAAUUGUCUGUCUAUGUUCUGGAAAGCAGUAAUUCUCGACGACUCACAUACUUCAUGCCACCCCUGAAUCUCAUCCCACUUCUUUGCAUUCGUCCUAUGCGGCUCUUCCUGUCUGCAGAGUCCAUCCGUCGGGUACGAAUCAUUCUGCUCAGAGCAACACAUCUUCCGUUUGUUGUCAUGAUAUGGGCCUAUGAAUCUAGCCGCCGCCAUAUCUCGCGGCGAAAUAGUCAGUUUGCUCCGAUGGCUACGGGACGACGACGAGAGAGCAGUCGGCCGACAUCCUCGAUCCAGACGAGUCUCUCUCUCUCCACGCGCUAUGCCCCGCUCCACCCCUCCGCAACCGAUGCGCAGCAGUCUUUGGCCGUGGGCGUUGGCAAUAAGGGACGAACUAAGACGACUAACCCGGGCCAGCAUCCCGAAGCGCGCGGGUCAGGGUCGGGGCAGGCCGGGCAUGCUCAAAUCGCGGAUGUGAUCGACGAGGUGGAACGGCUGCGCAGCCAAGUGGAACGAGUGGCCGCUACGCUGGCUGUCUCCCAACGAAGCCAAUAG